AGUUAACUAUAUUUAUUCGCAAUUUUAUUGUCUAUAAUAAAGAAACAUUGGAACAUAAAUGAAGUUAGAUAUUUUAAUCAAUUUUAUUAUGUCUGUUCGUAAUUCGGAUACUUCCGUUAAGGUAGUUUUCAUUGAUCCAUGUUCGAUUUGAAAAUUUACCUGAAGCCACUAUUGACGUCAUAUACUGCCACUUCGGUGACUAGUCCGUAUUCUUUGGUAUGCUUUUGUGUCGUUAGUUUCUGUACUGUUCAGUCUCGCUUGUGUUGCUAAUACAUUCUUGUAAAUUAUUUCAGCGCAUAUAUUUGUAAAAACACUCACGGGUAAAACUAUCACCCUGGAAGUUGAAGCCUCAGACACAAUAGAAAACGUGAAGGCUAAAAUACAAGACAAAGAAGGAAUUCCACCUGAACAGCAAAGAUUGAUUUUUGCUGGCAAACAGUUAGAAGACGGAAGGACUCUUUCUGACUAUAAUAUUCAAAAGGAAUCCACUCUACAUUUGGUCUUAAGACUUCGUGGAGGAAUGCAGAUCUUCGUGAAAACACUGACAGGGAAGACCAUCACCCUUGAGGUUGAAGCUUCUGACACAAUAGAGAAUGUAAAGGCCAAGAUUCAAGACAAAGAAGGAAUUCCACCUGACCAGCAGCGAUUGAUCUUUGCCGGCAAACAAUUAGAAGAUGGCAGAACUCUUUCAGAUUACAACAUCCAGAAAGAAUCCACAUUGCAUUUAGUACUGCGUCUUCGAGGUGGUAUGCAAAUCUUUGUCAAGACACUUACAGGGAAAACCAUCACUUUGGAGGUCGAAGCUUCAGAUACAAUAGAGAACGUGAAGGCCAAAAUUCAAGACAAGGAAGGGAUCCCUCCAGAUCAGCAGCGAUUGAUCUUUGCUGGCAAACAAUUAGAAGAUGGUAGAACUCUUUCAGAUUACAACAUCCAGAAAGAAUCCACAUUGCAUUUAGUACUGCGUCUUCGAGGUGGUAUGCAAAUCUUUGUUAAGACACUUACAGGGAAAACCAUUACCUUGGAAGUCGAAGCUUCUGAUACAAUAGAAAACGUGAAGGCUAAGAUUCAAGACAAAGAAGGAAUUCCACCUGACCAGCAGCGACUCAUCUUUGCUGGUAAACAAUUAGAAGAUGGCAGAACUCUUUCAGAUUAUAAUAUUCAGAAGGAGUCCACAUUGCAUUUAGUACUUCGUCUUCGGGGUGGAAUGCAAAUUUUUGUCAAGACGCUCACUGGCAAAACCAUCACUUUGGAAGUUGAAGCUUCGGACACAAUAGAGAAUGUGAAAGCCAAGAUUCAAGAUAAAGAAGGAAUUCCACCUGACCAACAGAGAUUGAUCUUCGCUGGUAAACAACUGGAAGAUGGUAGAACUCUGUCGGACUAUAAUAUCCAAAAAGAAUCAACCCUUCACUUGGUUCUGCGACUCCGAGGUGGAAUGCAAAUCUUUGUAAAAACACUCACAGGAAAGACAAUUACUCUUGAGGUUGAAGCUUCGGAUACAAUAGAGAACGUCAAGACUAAGAUUCAAGAUAAGGAAGGAAUCCCACCUGAUCAACAACGACUGAUCUUUGCUGGCAAACAGUUAGAAGACGGAAGAACUCUUUCUGACUAUAAUAUCCAGAAGGAAUCCACCCUCCACUUGGUUUUGCGACUUCGAGGAGGAAUGCAGAUUUUCGUCAAAACGCUCACUGGAAAGACUAUCACCUUGGAGGUUGAAGCUUCAGACACAAUAGAAAAUGUGAAAGCCAAGAUUCAGGAUAAGGAGGGAAUACCUCCUGAUCAACAGCGAUUGAUCUUUGCUGGGAAACAAUUAGAAGAGGGAAGAACUCUGUCGGACUAUAAUAUACAAAAAGAAUCCACCCUUCACUUAGUUCUACGACUCCGCGGUGGAAUGCAAAUCUUCGUGAAAACACUCACAGGAAAAACUAUCACCCUGGAGGUUGAAGCAUCGGACACAAUAGAAAAUGUAAAGGCUAAAAUUCAAGACAAAGAAGGAAUUCCUCCAGACCAGCAGCGAUUGAUCUUUGCAGGUAAACAGUUGGAAGAUGGAAGAACUCUUUCAGAUUAUAACAUCCAGAAGGAAUCCACCCUUCACUUGGUUCUGCGACUACGUGGAGGAAUGCAAAUCUUCGUGAAAACCCUGACAGGGAAGACCAUCACCCUUGAGGUUGAAGCUUCAGACACAAUAGAAAACGUGAAGGCUAAAAUUCAAGACAAGGAAGGAAUUCCCCCAGACCAGCAGCGAUUGAUCUUUGCAGGUAAACAGUUGGAAGAUGGAAGAACUCUUUCAGAUUACAACAUCCAAAAGGAAUCCACAUUGCAUUUAGUAUUACGUCUUCGUGGGGGGAUGUAGAAUUGGAUGUGUCAAGAAAGCAUACAGACGAUUUAAUGAUCGGAAUUGCAGCUCUUCCUCGAAACAGAUUGAGCACGUUGAAUAUUUUAACAAGAAGAACCUGCUUUUCUGCGAGUGACCUGAUAUUAAUUCACGUCCUCAAUCUGAUUGAUGAAGGUAAUGAUUUUUGCUGCAAUGUCUAGAAGAAAAUUGAUAGUAUCGAUAGAGCCAUUAUAUUGCUUUCUUUAUAUACAUUUCAUGUUCUAUACUCCUUGCUAUCGGUAUGUAUUUCUUUAUUGGUAUAUAGUAACAUGAAUGACGAAGUGUGUCAUGAUUGUUCCAAUUAUAUGCUGGAACACAUUCUUGUAAUGCACUUGUCUUCAUUAAAACAUCAUUAAAAUUA